AUGAGCUGCUGGCCUGAGUCAAACUGGACCACCCCGCGGGAGUUCAUAAUCCUGGGUUUCUCCGGGUGGUCCCAGGGGCUGCGGGGGCUGCUCUUUGCUCUCCUCCUGCCACUUUACCUGGCCACACUGGCGGGAAACCUGCUCAUCCUGGGCUUGGCUGUCGUGGACCCUGCCCUGCACACCCCCAUGUACUUCUUUCUGGGCGCACUGUCUGCUGUCGAGGUGGCCUACACACUGGUGCUGACGCCACGCAUGCUUGCCGGCUUCCUCCUGCCUCCCGGUGGCCAGGCGGUGGCCCGCUCCACUUGUGCUGCCCAGAUGAGCCUCUUCGUGGCCCUGGGAGGCUCUGAGUGCCUCCUGCUGGCCGCCAUGGCACUGGACCGCUACCUGGCCAUCUGCCGCCCUCUAGCCUACCCGCGGCUCAUGACCACCGGACUCUGCUGGAGACUUCUGGCCUCCUGCUGCGUGGGUGGCUCCAUCCUAGCCUUGGGCCUCACCGCCGCCGUAUUCCAGCUGCCCUUCUGCCACGGCGGCCUCGUCAACCACGUCUUCUGCGACCUCCCGGCGGUGCUGGUGCUGGCCUGUGGGGACCGGCUGCUGCAGGAGCACGUCCUCCUGGCCGCUUGCCUGCUGCUGCUGGUGCUGCCUCUGGCCCUGAUCCUGCUGUCCUACACCAGGGUGCUGGUGGUCAUCCUGGGGGUCGGCGGGGCCGCAGGUCGCCGGAAGGCCUUCAACACAGUCGCGUCCCAUCUCACGGUAGCCGUGCUCCACUAUGGCAGUGCCACUGCCAUGUACGCCAGGCCCCUCCGCAGCCGCUCCCUGGAGGAGGACAAGCUGGUCUCUCUCGUCUACAUCAACCUCACACCACUGCUCUACCCGGCCAUCUACACGCUGCGGAACCGGGACAUGCAGGGUGCGCUGCAACGCGCGGUCAGCCAGGGGACACCGGGUAUCGUCCCCCAAGCUGAGCUCACCUAA